CUUCCCAAAUCCCCCAUUCACGCUUAAAUAACCCCACCCUGUUCUCCAUUAUCAUCUCAUCACUAUCAUCUCUUCCGACUCUUCGUUUCUAAGUAAAAACUAAAUCUUGAAUUCGCAAUGUCGGGCCGUGGCAAGGGAGGAAAGGGAUUAGGCAAAGGAGGAGCAAAGAGGCACAGAAAAGUCCUCCGUGAUAACAUCCAGGGUAUAACAAAGCCCGCCAUUCGCCGGCUGGCCAGAAGGGGUGGCGUUAAGCGCAUUUCUGGGUUAAUAUAUGAAGAAACUCGUGGAGUUCUCAAGAUUUUCUUGGAAAAUGUGAUCCGUGAUGCUGUCACCUACACUGAGCACGCUAGAAGAAAGACUGUGACCGCCAUGGAUGUUGUUUAUGCUUUGAAGAGGCAAGGCAGGACUCUUUAUGGUUUUGGUGGGUAGAAGAUAUGUCAUGGACUUUUGUUCCUUGUUAAGCAAAAGUCUUGCUGUCAAGAAAAGAAGAAAACAAUCUGAAUCUUUUAGGUUUUGCUCUUUGUUUUUAGCGUAAUUACUGUUCUAUUAUGUUGGUAAUCAAAUUAGGUAAUGUGGAAUGUAGAUUUUUCUGGUAAUGAAGUGAAUUUGUUGUUUGAUAUGACUAUUGAUGGGUUUAUUAUAUGAACGGUUAUUGAAUUA